AUGAAGUCCUCAAACUAUACAGUGGGGUGGAUCUGCGCCAUCAAGACAGAAUAUGUCGCCGCUCAGGCCUUUCUCGAUAAGGAACACAACACCUCAUCGCGUCGGUCUUAUCACGACCCCAACGACUAUACGCUGGGAUGCAUGGGAAAGCACAAUGUCGUCAUAGCUGUUUUACCCAACGGAGAGUAUGGCAAAUCAUCCGCGGCCGCCGUGAUGAGCCACAUGCUACACAGCUUCCCAAACAUUCGGGUUGUGCUGAUGGUGGGCAUCGGCGGCGGCGUCCCAAGUGCCCGGCACGACAUCCGUCUUGGGGAUGUGGUGGUGAGCAGCCCUUCUGGAGGCAACAGCGGGGUUUUCCAAUAUGAUUUUGGCAAAUCUGUCCAGGACCAACGCUUCUAUCACACGGGGUUCAUGAACCAGCCGCCGACUGUUCUGCGGACAGCUGUGGCGGGCCUUGAAGCAUCAUACGAGAGGAAGGGUCACAAGCUCAGCAAGUUCAUUGAUACCGCGUUGAGCUACAACCCUAGGUUGGGCCGAAAGUACUCGAAGCCUUCCUGGAACUCCGACAGGCUGUAUGUAAGUGGAUUUACCCACGGCGGCAAGCUUGCCUGCGUCGACGGCUGUUCGUCAGACUACCUUAUUCCUCGGCGGCCGCGGGGCAGGCAAGAGGACGAUCCUGCGAUUCACUACGGCCUCAUUGCAUCUGGAGACACAUUGAUGAAAGAUGCAAUUAUUCGGGACACGCUGGCGGAGGAGCAUGAUGUCCUCUGUUUUGAAAUGGAGGCAGCCGGGCUGAUGAACAACUUUCCGUGUCUUGUCAUCCGAGGCAUCUGCGAUUAUGCUGAUUCUCACAAGAACAAGGAGUGGCAAGGCUACGCUGCAAUGACGGCAGCGGCUUACACAAAGGACCUUCUCAAGCGGGUUUCACCAAUGAUGGCAAACUCUGAUCAAGCUCCAGACGAAGAUAACCAUCAAAAGUCUCAUCAGAGCCAAUGGGACCCAACUACUUAUUUCGCCUAUGAAAAUCAAGAGAUUCAUCCUUCGGACAUCGACAUCGAACGAUAG